AUGGCAUUUAAGGCAGAUAAAGUACAGCAUCCUUAUUAUGAUAAACAUGUUAUUUUAUCCACCGUGAUUGGUACAAAGACUGAACAACCAAUGCUUGAUUUACCAGAGAAUCUUACAAUUCCUCAUGAUUAUAAAUUUAAAUUCUUGUUAUACGCACGUGGUUUUCAAAUUUACAAUUGUAAGAUAGAUAAAGAUCAUGUUGGAAAUUGGACAUUAGCUACACCUGACGCACAUUUGAUUAAUGAUGACGAAACCGAAAAAUUCUCUCCGCAUUUUCAAGUUGCUUAUCAUUUUGGUUUAAAAGAACCAAUCAAUGGAGGAAGUUCAACCUGGAUAUCAAUAUUACCAGGUGAUGAAUCUGGAGUCACAACCAGAACAAUUGCUACAAAUGAAGCUCCUAAUGAUCCAAAGAAGAAUAUUCCAUGGCUAUUAACUGAAGCUACGGUCAACUAUGGUGACCAUGGUGCUUUCCAUGAUAUUACUCAUUUACUCCGCGUAAAAACACGUAACGGUGUCGCUCCUCCUAAUGAAAGCUGUGGGACAACUUACAAAGAUGGAUCAUUUUACUUUAAUGCAAUUCGGCUGAAAUUGUCCAAUGAGGGUCAGAAUAAAAAUUGA